GCCGUGCAGCAUGGCGGGGACGCGGGGUGCGGGGCACACGGCGGCGGGAGCCCGAUCUGGGAAGCGGCGUCCGGAAUCUGAGUCUGAGAAUGAAUCGCAGCCUGAGGAGCCCCCUCUCUUCUUCAACCCUGCUCCCAGCCACCAAGAUGGUAGUGAUUCCAGCCUCUCUGACAGUGAGGAGAGUGUGUUCUCAGGCCUGGAAGAUUCCGGUAGUGACAGUAGUGAUGACAACAGUGAAGGCGAGGAUGGAACCAGCCACAGUGCGGUGGAGCAGACCUCCCGGGAGCAGGUGCAGGCUGACAUCCCUUGCCAGAGGACGGAGGUGGCCAGUGCACUGAGUGGGGAUGAGUAUGCAGAAGACAGCUCUGAUGAGGAGGACAUCCGGAAUACUGUGGGCAAUGUGCCCCUGGCAUGGUACGAUGACUUCCCGCACGUGGGCUACGACCUGGACGGUAAGCGCAUCUACAAGCCCCUGCGGACCCGGGAUGAGCUGGACCAGUUUCUGGACAAGAUGGAUGACCCAGACUUCUGGCGCACUGUGCAGGACCGGAUGACAGGGCGUGACCUGCGGCUAACUGAUGAGCAGGUAGCCCUUGUGCGGCGGCUGCAGAGCGGCCAGUUUGGGGACGGGAACUUCGACCCAUAUGAGCCAGCCGUGGACUUCUUCAGUGGGGACCUCAUGAUCCACCCAGUGACCAGUCGCCCAGCUGACAAGCGCAGCUUCAUCCCGUCCCUCGUGGAAAAGGAGAAGGUGUCUCGCAUGGUGCACGCCAUCAAGAUGGGCUGGAUCCAACCUCGUCGGCCCCAAGAUCCCACCCCCAACUUCUAUGACCUGUGGGCCCAGGAGGACCCCAACGCCGUGCUGGGGCGUCACAAGAUGCACGUGCCUGCACCCAAGCUGGCUCUGCCUGGCCACGAGGAGUCCUACAACCCGCCUCCUGAGUACCUGCCUAGCGAGGAGGAGCGCUUGGCAUGGGCGCAGCAGGAGCCGGGCGAGAGGAAGCUCAGUUUCCUGCCGCGGAAGUACCCAAGCCUACGGGCUGUGCCUGCAUACAGCCGCUUCAUCCAAGAGCGCUUUGAGCGCUGCCUCGAUUUAUACCUGUGCCCGCGGCAGCGCAAGAUGAGGGUAAAUGUGGACCCUGAAGACCUCAUCCCUACACUGCCUCGGCCACGGGACCUACAGCCUUUCCCUGUGUGCCAGGCUCUGGUCUACAAGGGCCACAGCGAUCUUGUCCGCUGCCUCAGUGUCUCCCCAGGUGGCCAGUGGCUCGCUUCAGGCUCAGAUGACGGCUCGUUGCGGCUCUGGGAGGUGCCCACUGCCCGCUGUAUGAGGACUGUGCCUGUGGGGGGCGUGGUGAGAAGUGUUGCCUGGAACCCCAACCCUACCAUCUGCUUGGUGGCUGUAGCCAUGGAGGACUCAGUGCUAUUGCUGAACCCAGGUCUGGGUGAUCGGCUGUUGCUGGGCAGCACAGACCAGCUGCUGGAUGCCUUCACCCCGCCUGAAGAGCCAGCCCUACUGCCAGCCCGCUGGCUGGAGGCCUUGGAGGAAGAGCGCCAGUGGGGUCUGCGACUGCGUAUCUGCCAUAGCAAGCCUGUGACACAGGUAACUUGGCACGGACGAGGGGACUACUUGGCUGUGGUGCUGGCCAGCCCAGGCCACACUCAGGUGCUGAUCCACCAGCUGAGCCGGCGUCGCAGCCAGAGCCCAUUCCGUCGCAGCCAUGGACUGGUACAGUGCGUGGCUUUCCAUCCCACCCGGCCCUUCCUGCUGGUGGCCUCUCAGCGCAGUGUCCGCAUUUACCACCUGCUGCGCCAGGAGCUCACCAAGAAGCUAAUGCCCAACUGCAAGUGGGUGUCCAGCCUGGCUGUGCAUCCUGCAGGCGACAAUGUCAUCUGUGGCAGCUAUGACAGCAAACUGGUAUGGUUUGAUCUGGAUCUUUCCACUAAGCCAUACAAAGUGCUGAGGCACCACAAGAAGGCCCUGCGGGCUGUGGCCUUCCACCCCCGAUACCCACUGUUUGCAUCCGGCUCUGAUGACGGCAGUGUCAUUGUCUGCCAUGGCAUGGUGUACAAUGACCUGCUGCAGAAUCCACUGCUGGUGCCAGUCAAGGUGCUCAAAGGGCACGUGUUGACCCGAGACCUGGGCGUCCUGGACGUGGCCUUCCACCCCACACAGCCUUGGCUCUUCUCCUCUGGAGCAGAUGGCACCAUCCGCCUCUUCACCUAGUCUGCUGCCCCGUCUUCAGUAAAGACGUUCCUCCCUGCUGCUCCCACUUGAAUGGGGCUCCUGACAGCUGCCCUGCCAUAGUGCCAGGCCUUUGUCUCAUUGAGUUUUCCAAGAUGGGGGUGGGGGUGAUUUGACACCCGAGGCCAGGCACCCUCCUGGUGUAAGCCAAAAACAAAGGCUUUAUCUUUGUACCCUGUGUCCACUGAGGAGCAAAUGGCUUUAUUGAAAAACAGGUCGGGGAGUGCAGUCUUGGCCCUGUUCACCAACACGGGUCCUCUGGGCAGGCACAGGCCGCUGUA